GUCUUAACACCCAGAAUUAAGAAAUCAAGAAUCUAUCUCUAAACCCUUAAACCCUAACUUUUUGAUUUUUAUGAACAUGGGUGUUCUUAAAAUUCUGCGUUAUUAUAAUUUUCAAAGAUUUGAUAAGCUUCAUAAAAUUUUACAUUUCAAUGCUAUAGAUACACAUGAUGUAUCUCAUACUUUUUGCUCUUGUGUGUUUCAAAGACCAUUGUGUAGUUCAAGUCUGUUUCAGGCUCAAGAAAACAGUAAUAAAUCUUAUGAAUUGAAGAAGCCUUUAGGUGUUGUGUUUAAAGAAGCAGUUGGGUUGUGUGAAAAGCGUGAUGAGAGCGAAAAUGAGGAGGGUGAUGGUGAAAUUAAAGAAUUAAAGAAGAGGUUGAGAGAUUUGGAGAAUGUAAUUAAGGUUUUGAAUAAGAGUGAUUUAGGUGAGAGUGAAAUUGAUGCUGAAAGUAUGGUAAAAGUUAAGUUGGGUGGUGGUGUUUCGGAGGAUGAGACUCGUGUCAAGUUAUCGAAAUUGUUCAGUUAUGACAGUGAAAGGAAUUUAGGUAGAAAAACUGAGGGAAUUGAAAGGGUUGGUAAGGUUUCAGAAGAUGAUGUUAUAGUUGAGAAGUUAUCUGCAUUGUUUCCGCCAGAGCCGGUGAAAAAGGGUAGAACUAGAAAGGCUGAGACAGUUGUUUGCAAAGAGCUUCCGCCAGAUAUGAUUGUGUUUGCAAGGUAUUUGUUUGAAAAAGGUUAUUUCAAAAAUGCAAAUUUCUUGCCUAGGUACACGUUUGAUGCUACACGUUUUGAGGACAAUUACAGCCGUGCUUUUCUUACCUGCGCUGCUCAAAAGUUUGGCAAGGAUCAUCAGGAAAUUUCAAAGUGGAUAUCAGCCAGUGAUGUGAAAAAGGUUGCUCUCUUUGGUUGUCCAUCCCUCUCGAAGAAGCCCCUGAUGGCUGCCAAAGCAUUACGCAUCUUUUUCAGUAUUCCAGAAGAUACGGUUUGCAGUAAAUGUGUUCUAAAAGAAUCCUGUAAGUUUGUAAACCAGAGUAUAUGGAAAGGCCAAGGGAAGAAAUUGCAUAUGGAUUUGUCUGCAGUAAUGAGUGUUAUUACUUUAUAUGCCAUGGAAGAGGUUCAUCCGCAAUUGGUUAUCCCUGAUGAAAUCAAGACCGCUGUCCGUCGGUUACUGGAGGAGGUUAUGAAGCUAAGUCAAACUGUUUCCUAAAGAGUUACUAUUCAGUAUGCAAUAUUUUCUGCUCUUUUUAUUGAUUAUGUAGACAUCAAGUGAUUGUGAUUAUAGCAGGCUGAUUAUCUUUGAUUUCAGUUUCAAGGACACUUCUAUCUUGUAAUUAAUAGUUUAUCAGUAUUUUAUCUAUUAUAUUAUUUAUAUAUUUUUUAAGUGUAAUGUCAUGAUCAAUUUAAUUUAUCAUUCUUGA